AUGGCAAUCAAAUUUGUUGUUUACUGUGGUGGCAAGUGGGAAGUCGUUGAUGGGAGGCUAGAGUAUGUGGUCCAAGCAGAUUUUGUUAGACGUGGUUUUGAAACUUCUACUACAGUUUCUUAUAACACAUUUUUAAAAAAUCUUAGUGAGUCAACAGGUCUUCAAAACAUCACACGUGUAUCUUACAAAAUGUCAACUUUUAACGAUCCCAUUGAUAUAGUUGAUGAUUCCGAUCUUACUUUUUUAUCCAAUAUUGCGGAAACAAACCCUCUUGAGUUAUUUAAAUUAUAUGUGGUGCAAGAUCAAGUUGGUUCAUCUGUGGGUUCUUCGAAUUUUUUUAAAUGUCCUGAUCUUAACGUAAAUGUUUUUCCUGAAGUUGAAUGUAACACAUCAUAUAAAUCUGGAGUUACUGAUAAUGUUAAUUGUCCCCUUGAAAAUAAAAGCCAGUUUUACAUAGGUUAUAUUUUCCGUAACAAACAGGAAAUGAAAAUAGAAUUAGGAAAAUUGUGUCUUUCCGAAAGUUUUUCGUAUAAAGUAGACAGAUCAUCCAAAACUCGUUACGAAGUAUCUUGUAUUGAUGAGAAUUGCCAGUGGAAUUUCAAGGCAGCGAGUCGGGAAUCUUGUGAUAUUUUUUACGUAAAACAUUUUAACAACAAACAUACAUGUUCUAAGACGCAAACAUAUCCACAUAUGCGACAAGCAAACCCAAUGGUGGUGGGUAGCUUAUUAGUAGAACAAUUUAAAGAUUCUGGACGGAUAUACCGUUCGACCGAAAUUGUAAAGGAUUUUAGGAUUAAAGAAAAAGUCAAUUUAACGUAUAUGCAAGCAUGGCGUGGUAAAUGUAACGCAUUACAACUUUUGCAAGGUAGUUCGUCAAGUUCUUUUGCAGAACUUCCCGUCUAUUGUUAUAACUUGGAGAAGGUUAAUCCAGGAACAGUGACACACAUACGCACUGAUUCUGAAAGUCGUUUUGAAAUGUUAUUUGUGGCCAUAGGUGCGGUGAUUCGGAGCUUUGUCCAUAAUUUAAGACCGCUUAUCAUCAUAGAUGCUGCCCACUUGAAGGGUGAAUUUAAGGGAACAAUGUUUUUGGCUGUGGGCAUGGACGGAAACAAUCAGAUUUUUCCUAUUGGUUAUGGAAUUGGUAAAUCUGAGGACGGUGAGUCGUGGACGUGCCGUAAGGGUGGUGUUUCCAAGAAGCUUUCACGGGUUAUGUUGUCGUCAUUUGAUGGUCAACCUUCGAUUACCGUAAAAAAAAAGGAAUAUGAGAGUCUUUGGUGGAAGACGUGCAAAUCUUACCGGAUAUCCGAUUUUCAAGAAUCAUUCGACGCGCUAUGUGCUGCUGUUCCAAGAUUACGAAACAUUCUUAUAGAAAUUGGGUUUGACAAAUGGUCAAGAGCACAUUGUCCAGCCAGAAGAUAUCAUUACAUGACAUCUAAUAGCGCUGAAUCUAUGAAUGCUUUAUCAAACCAUGCCCGAAAAAUUCCAAUAACCCAACUGAUAGAAUUUUUCAUACAGUCUGUCCAAAAAUGGUUCUAUGAUCGCCGGAAAGAGGGAAUUCAAGGGGAACACUUGCUUACACCGUGGGCUCAAAAAAAAAUUCGAGGCAAAGUGGAAGGUUCUCGUUCGUGGGUGGUUGCUGGAAUUUCCCAGGACAGUUUUGAUGUUGAUGACGGUGGAAAGAGAGGUUUAGUUGACUUCUCAAAUGGAACAUGCAGUUGUCGGGUUUGGCAAGUAUCUGGGUUACCUUGCGGGCACGUUAUUGCGGUAUCUAGAUUUUUAGGUGAACCAGAUUGUGCUCAUUAUGCGAUGUCAUUUUACAGUAAUGAAGUUUAUAAAUCGACGUAUGUGGAAUAUAUAAAUCCAGUCCCUGAUAAAUCAGAGUGGGAAGUACCCAAUGGACUGGUGAAUCUGCAACCACCGCUUAUUACAAAACGACAAGCCGGACGUCCGAAAGAAAACAAACGAAUCCUAUCGCUAGGAGAGGACCCAACUCCCGUAUAUUGCGGUAAGUGCAAAACGUAUGGGCAUUCACGUGCGAGCUGUUUAGCACCGCCCAAAACAAAGACUUCUUCUCGCACCGUCUCUAAGCCGGAACCCAGAACCGCCCAAGUUGAAGCCGGAGAAUUUCAGGAUUAUGUACUUCAAAAUACAUGGCCCUCGUACAACUUGGGUGAUGAUUAA